GAUCUGAAGAAAAAACAAUCGGUCUUGUUAUCAAGCAUGAAGAACCAAAUCGAAGGAAGAGAGGCAGUGAAGAGAAAAGAUCUUCUAGAGCUGAUGCAGGCUUUAAAUGAGUCAGGAGAUGGCGUCAAUGAUAUCAUCAAAUCAUCCAUCCGUGUGAUUAAUUUCAUCAACAUGUCUCUCACUCCAAAUGAUAAAUACACUCUGGCAUCUAUUCUUGCUCGUUGUUCACGUCUCGAUUCACUCAAUCUGUAUGGUGUUUCUCUCACAUCAUCUGAUCUCGCACUUCUUGCUUCAUCAAUGCAAAGAUCAAAUAUCAAGAUUAAAAAGGUUGCAUUUGGAGAAGGAAUAUCGAAACUUCUCUCCCACGAUGGAGCUGUUGCAAUCUGUGAUAUGUUACCUCACAUCAUCGAGGAGAUGAGGCUGCUUCACAGAGUACAACCUGAAGAUGUUAUGAUGAUUCAGAGGAAAUUGGAUUCAAUCCCAGCAACGGAACUGGAGGUGUGGAUCAUGGGAAACCGUGUCACCUUGAGUCAGAAGAAAUAGAUGAAACCAGUCAAACCCAUGCAAAUAUUUAUCCAAACAUUAUUCCUUCACAAAGUUCUGUGGGAGAUCAAUUAUGUUAACAGUUGAUGUAUCACGAUAAGCAUUAGGCAUACGUUCUGCAACAAUUAUAUACUUGACUAUAUAUUCCAAUGCCUAGGACUGAUAACAGUAUGUAAGGCCCUGAUUUGCCACAUGUUGUCAGAAUACCCUAAGUUAAAAUUUAUUUAUUGAUUUAGUAGUAAAGCAAUAAUCGUGGGACCCGAAUGUUUCAAAUUUUUGCAGCAAAAUUAUGGUUUGGACAGAAAUAUUUAUUGGAAAAUGUUCAUUCAGCCAUAUCAUGCUGUCCCUGUUUGUAUCAAAGUGAACCGAAAUAAAAACUGUUGUAUAUUUCCUUCACAGUGUGAUCUUGGAGUGUUUCAAGUCACUCAACCACUUACAGUUUAAAUGAUAUCAAUGUAUUUACAUUUUAAUGCAUAAUCAUAGGCGCUCCAGAAGUUUUCGUAUCAUGAUGACGCACAACCUAAACAACCCUAACCCCGGUACACAUACUAUGUUCACUAAAUAUCUUCUAUAGAAAUGGACGAGAUAGUUCUAUUUGUGAUUUGUUUAUUUUAUUUAUUUCUGUUAUUAUAUGCUUCACUGGUCACAAUUGUAAAUACUGAUCAAUCAGCCGUAUCAUUCUGUCGAUGGGACGUCAGGAGCUCUGUGUAUUUGUGAAAUUAAAUUUCAAAUCUGAUUUCUUAAACCAGAACGAAUGGGCUCCCCAGAUUUCAACUUUCUAAAAUUACAUUCUUUUAAUUUGUAAUUUGCUCCGUUUUUAUAUUCUAGGACUCUAAAUCUUAUUUCUGCCCAAUGCGCUGCCGUCCCAUACACAUGGCUCGAGUUAAAGAACCGAUUAUUCUUACAAUGCCUCAAUCUUUUUUGUGCAUGUGUUCAAAUUAUGUUUUCAUGAAUGUUUGAUAAGUUUAAAAUUGCCGUUUUAUUUUAUGUGGUGAUUCAAACAUUGCUUGAAAAGUGGUUUUAUGUGGUGAAAAGAUUUAUGUGGUGAUUCAAACAAGCUUGUAAAGUGCCUGCUCAAAACCAAGCACUUUACAAGCAGUUAAUAAUAUGCAUAGAGCUACGCUAUAACACCAAAUCGCAUUAGAUUCCCAAAUGACGAAAUUUUUAACCAAGUAAAUGCUUGUCCACAGCCACAGUGUACAAUCUGCCUGUAAUAUUUGGCUUUACAUGGAUGGCCUAGUCGAAUCCUAUGAGAGUGGGAUACAAUCCUAUACCCUUUCCUCUCCCUGAUAUAUAUAAAUCCUAUUCUAGUAUUUUUGUAAUGUGCCAUUUGAGCAAGACAUCCUCUAUGCUUUCC